AUUCCUUUUGACAGAAAGUCGAUAAAGCACCUAGCCAUGAACACGUCACGAUGUCGAUGCCAACGGCGUUUUUCGAUAUUUCAUUAUGCUCCACUACACACACGGACAGGACAAACCACCUGGUUGGUUUUCAUUCGGCAAAGGGACAAAGAAAAAAACGAUUCCACUCCGCCGUGUAGCCAGUUUUAACGUCUAGUCUUUGUCUUCUACCGGUUGUUGAACUCAACUUCAGUUUAAGGGAGUUUAAAAGUAGGGUAGUUGAUCGCACGAAACCUGCUGUGAUGGGUCUGAUCAGAACUCGUGUAAAAAAGAUUGAUUCCAGCUUUUUCUGCGGGAAGAUUAAUCGAACGUUGCGUUUUUCAGAUGAUAAAACUGGUAGCUGGUAUCGAUAAGUGCACAGUGCGGAUAAAUCUUGCGCCAAUUUAGCGUGAUCAGAUUCGGGUAAGAAAUAUAAGUUUGGUGAUCGCUGAAAAGAGAAUAAGAGUUCUAGAAAAGACGGAACGUUUUAAAAUAUAUUUAUAAAUAAUGAACAGUGGCGAACUCAAAUUUCAGUACAUUAAUCGAACGUCAACGAGCUAUAAAAAUUCUAAACUUUACAACGCGCUUAAAGUGCUCAAGCACUUUAUCCCUAAAUGUAAAACUGAAUAAAUAAUGAAAAUGGUUUAGAAAAAAAAAAAAAAAAACAAAAACGACCUUCUACAAAAGCGAUAAACCUGUAAUAAAGAAGAGAGUGGUUUUAAUUGACGUUGAAUAAAAAUUAUACCUUUUUAAAAAUAUAACAUUAUUAUACGAGCUUAAAGACAGUCUGUAAUAUGAAAUAUAAAAAAUGAUAGACACAGUACAAAAAUUGAGCUUUCGACAUUGGUCGUCGUAACGAGACUCUGACCGAUUCGAUGAUAAAAUCCGAGGGUGGUAUAAAAAGCGAAGAAGAAUCCGGAACCGGAUGCGGAGAUAAAAAGGAAGGAGCCACCUGCUUACACGCGUGCCAACAACGAACAGCGCCAAGUUUCAUCCCUUUCCUCAACUCGGCCGACUGACAGUUGAUACGCAUCACUGAUACAGAAAAGCUCUCUCCCUUCCCUAUUUCCUGGCCCUUUCCUCCAUCUCCAUAUCCAUCAUCCGACCGAGUCUCUCUCCUCGCGAGUGGAAGAAACCCGAUAUCGUCAGACGCGGAACGAGUCCCAAGGGUCCGACGACCCAGAUAGAUGCACCAGAGAUGAAACUCGGAGACAAUAUGACGGCUGUUGAAGCUGGCAAUGUAUGGGGGGACGCAUGUCCGCGUAAGACUCGACCACCCAGAAUCGGCGACAUUCCAAGGUACACGGCCGUCGACGAGGAGUCGCCAGGAGCAGCGUCUAGAGGGCUCGGAGCCGCCUCUCCGUCGCAAAGAACCGUUUCAGCGGGCGAAGCUGAGGGUGGUGACAUGUUGGAGCUGCGUUUAUCGACGCACGGCGACGUCUUCUCCUCGAAGUCAUCGCCGGUACAAAAAUCGGCGAAAUGCGCGGACGAGGACUCGGGCUCGGCGCAGGUCCCAGGGGACCGGUCCCGACUGGGUGGCGUCGUUAGGACCCCGGAGGGCGUCGAGAAGCCGGUGGAAACGCGUAUACCCGAAGUGACGAUUAUGCAGGAUGCGAAACGCGCCGCGACGCCGGCCUGCAGAGAACCAGAGCUUUUGAGGAUCUGCUCGACCCCGUCGCAGGAGAUUCGCGAGGUCCGCAAGGACAGCGCCCUCUACCUCGAGGAGGAUGAGGUCGAGGGACUCAGGGACCUCAGGGAGUCGCUGAGGGCCCGUUCGCCGCGAAGCCUGACCCCGAGACGGGAGAGCAGCGGGUACGCGAGCAACCUGGGCACCUUCGACGAGGAGCGGAGGACAUCGGAGGUCGAUUUGACGGGGAUAAGGGAGCGCCGGAGGUCCUCGACGAAGAGGCUGACCUCCGAGACUUUCGUCCCCGUAACGCGUGGCUGGACAAGCAGGAACGAACAGGAACAGAACACGACCAACCCCGAGAAUUCGGAUAACCGUAACAAGGCAUCGAAUCCCGAGAUCCGCGAGGCCGAGGGCGUCGAAAGGCGGGGAAAAACCGCCUCGAAUCAACCGGCCCAGAAACGACCCUCGGAAUCACCGAGCGAGGUUCUUUCCUACGCCGAGGUCCUGCAGGCUAAACCCGGGGGUCCGAUUAACAGGUCCAAGGUCCUGUCGCGAGUCGAGUCCUUCGACGCCGCCGAUCUUCCCGGGCGGACGUCGACCGGCGUUGAUCAGCUCGCCUCCAAGAUCGGUAUCCAGCGAAACAAGAGGAUCGUCCACCAGUACAGCACUCCAAAUUUUCCGAGCAUGGAGCUAGAGAGGAUACUCGAAAGGCCGCCGGACAAGACGCCGGAAAUCAUUGUACCCCCUGUGCCGACGACGGUCGAACGAAACGAUCAGGGAGCGGAUGUCGUUGCGACCGGCAAACUCCUGCCAAGGUCGGUCAAGGUCUACCAGCUCCUGUCCACGCAGUCCGAGGACCGAGGCGACGGUGUUCCGAACCUGGCCGACAGGCGGAUUUCACUGCAGAUCACGCGGCAGGACGAGGAACGACUUCCGGGAGAGGAAGGAACGACGGGAACCGCCCCCCCGGUCAUCGCCGAGGGUCCCGAAAUCCUUGGCGUUCCCGCCGCUCCCGAGGGAAGAUCGCACCUCUCACCCUCUUCGAAUCUCGCAGAUCCUCCGGUUCGCAAGCUUUCAACCCCCGGUGAAAUGGGCGCGUCGCAGCGACUGCUCGGCGACUCUGGGAUCGGGAUUAGACCCAUUUAUCCCUAUUGUCCAUAUUCGCCGUACGGCAGUCCUCAAGGAUCGCCGAGGACCAGGAGGCGACCUCUUAGAGAAAGUCGACGCGUUUCUAUCGACAAUAGACAGGGUGCUCUUCAGCUUAAUCAGUACAAACUCUUGGACAAUAUCGGACAGGGCUCUUACGGUAUUGUCAAACUCGCCUACAACGAAGAGGACGAAACGCACUACGCGAUGAAGAUCCUAAGUAAGAAAAAACUGAUGAAGAAGGCCGGGAUUUUCGGGAGAAUGGCACCGGGGAGAAAAGGGCUCGCUAAUCCGUUGGCAAAGGUUUACAGGGAGAUUGCCCUUCUCAAAAAGCUCGAUCAUCCGAACGUCGUGAAGCUCGUCGAGGUCCUCGAUGACCCGGACGAGGACAACCUCUACCUCGUGUUCGAGCUUGUGCAAAAGGGUGAGGUCCUCCAGCUGCCGACCGAUCAACCAUUGGACGAGGACACAGCGCGGAUUCACUUUCGCGACAUCGUUUUGGGGGUCGAAUAUCUGCAUUACCAACGGAUAGUACACAGGGACAUAAAGCCCAGCAAUCUGCUCGUCGACGGCGAGGGUCACGUUAAGGUCGCGGAUUUAGGUGUCAGCGCGGAAUUAAGGGCUGCUGGUGAACUGCUCUCGGGACCUGCUGGAACGCCGGCGUUUGCCGCACCGGAAACUACCACUCCUGGAGCGCAGUAUUCCGGAACGCUCUGCGACGUUUGGUCGAUGGGAGUGACUCUUUACUCAUUGGUGACCGGAAAAGUGCCUUGGGACGGAUCCGGAAGCAUAAUCGGUGUGCAGGCGGCGGUGCGAUCGGAGCCGUUAAGGUUCCCAGAAAAACCAGAGCUCUCUGCGAAACUGAAGGAGCUGAUAACCAGGAUGCUGGAGAAGGAACCGUCCGCGAGGAUCGCGCUGAGGGACAUCAAGAUACAUCCGUGGGUUACGAACGAGGGGGCGGAAGCUCUACCGAGCGAAGCUGACAACUGCAGACUUCCGGUUACCGUCACCGACGAGGAGGUCGCCCGAGUCGUUACCAGGGUUCCUAAGCUCGACACCCUCAUUUUAAUCAAGACGAUGCUCAAGCAGCACAGCUUUCAGAAUCCCUUCCUGGCGAAAAGAAGUACAAAAUCUGUGUCCAGCGACACGAUGCCAGGUGAUAUUUCUCAACCACCGAUUGCCGGCCGGACGGGAAGUUCCGGAAUAUCCGAGAAGAGUUCGAACAUCCGGGCGGAGAAAUUUCACGAGGCGGGAAGAAGCAACUCGGCACCGGACACCUUCGAGGGUCACCUUUGCAGCGACAGGCAAGUGUCCGUGGAAAGUCCGUUGCCGCCUGUGACCGAAGCUUUGAUACAAGAGAGCGAUUCUUACAAGCGAUGAUAUAAGCUAUCGGAGCAACGGCAGUUUUAAAACGUAGCAAAUCGAUCCUCGUUAAUUACCGUGUUAUAUUUUCGAGGCGACGAUUGCGGUCAAGGGUAAUUUUUUUUUUUUUUUUCAACACGACUCACCCUGAGCACAGAACGAAAUAUCGAAUUCGAAACUUAGGCGGCUCCUCUCAUGCAGUGGGGGUAAAAGAAAAGCGCGAGGUAAAGAAGACAGAAAUAUAAUUUGAAUUUCGUGCCGGGUGUAUGAUAUAGAAGUUAUAAUUCCGAAUAACUUAGGUGCCAAAUAUGAUGGAAAAUAAGAUAUACAUUGCGUGUAAUAAUACAUAAUAAGGUGUGUAAAUUUAAGCCGUUUUAGCACGUAUGCAUAUAUUAACAUACGUAUAUACACACAGCUGUGUUUGACCAAACUUAUAACAAAGCGUUAGACAUCGAUCCUUGCACAGUAAUUUUCUGUGCCGAAUCAGGAUAUUAUAUUACUACAUGCCCGUUAAAAGCGGCGGUACAAAGGAUCCGUGUCGAAAAAACGAGAGAGAGAUUAGAAGAAGGAGAACAACAACAAAAAAGGAACAUAUUCGACGUUGAGUUACCCGUAAAAAAUUUCGCACCAUGACCGAGCGUGAUUCUCCUAUAUUUCGUACACGUGUAGGUAGAUACAUAUUAUGUAAUAUAUAUAUAUGUAUAUAUAUAUAUAUGUGUGUGUGUAUAUAUAUAUAUAUAUAUAUAUAUAUAUAUAUAUAUAUAUAUAUAUAUAUAUAUAUAUAUAUAUAUACGUA